AGAGAGAGAGAGAGAGAGGGAGACUCUACUCAGGCUGUUUAAACAGUGUGCUGUUUUGGAGAGGCAGGACUUCCAGAACAGCAGCAGCAGCAGAAGCAACACAAGACUCAGUGUGCAGAGGAUCUUCUGCAGUCUCCUCCUCCCACUGCACACCACAGGAGCACCUUCCAUCCUCAACACUUUCACCUCUCUCAGCGCCCGCCUCGCCUCGCCGUCCCCGGGAGAAAAAAAAGAGAGAGGGGCUGUGUGGAGAAGGACAGGCACAGGUGCUGUAGUGAGCAAGAGCAGAGAGAAGAAAAGAAGAGGCGAUUCGACUGAGCGAGCGACUUUGGAGCACACAGAGCUGAGAGGAAUUCCAAAACAGCUGUCCGGCAGACGUCCUCUGAAAAGAGCACCCUCAGGGGCAGAGAGAGAGAAAGAGGGAGGGAGAGAGAGAGAGAGGAGGGGGGGCUGCGACACACGCUCUCCACUUCAUUUUGAGCCGGUGAGCGUCAGGCAGAGCAGCUUGCUGUGGACAGAGCCAACAGGAUCAGCCUCGAGGAGCUGCACAAGGUGAGGGCCUUUGACAGUUUCCUGCUGCAGCUGACUAAGACGGAGAUCACUGGGCUUAGAGGCGGAGGUCUGACCAGUGGAGGCCUCUGCGUCUCUGAGAAUGUAACUCCUGCAUCCCAGAGGAGACUUCAGCAUUGAGGACCUGACCGCAGCGCGAGGGUCACCGCCCUUCAGGAGGGCCUCACUUUCAUUCUUCAGUCCGAGUCUCUCGGACAGGUGGACAGACGACAAUGCCGGCAAAGGCACCCAUAUACCUGAAAACCAACCACACCAAGAGGGGCAAGAAGUUUCGCCUGCGGGACAUCCUGCGCCCCGACAUGAUCAGCCCUCCGAUGGGAGACUUCCGCCACACCAUCCACAUAGGGAAAGCGGGUGCGCGGGACACUUUCGGGGACAUGUCCUUCCUGCAGGGCAACUUUGAGCUGCUGCCAGGGAAAGGCGAGGUGGCUCGCCACCAGCAGCACGGAGGCCAGCACAGCGAGUUCUUGCGGGCCAACAGUGCCUCGGAUGCGUCCUUCGCCGAGACGCCGUCUCCCGUGCUAAAGAACGCCAUCUCCCUGCCCACCAUCGGCAGUGGCCAGGCGCUUACAUUGCCGCUCCUCUCUUCUGCCGUCUUCCCCGUCAGCUCCGACCCGCUGGACGGCCCGCUAGAGGUGCUGCCCAUCCCUCCGUCCGGCCUGGACGACGUGGAUGAUGUUGUCGUUGACGGCAACACUCUGGAGAUCCUGCAGAUCGACUCGCUGCUGCAGUCCAUCACCAUCUUUGGCCGCCAGCCGAGCCUGCCGCCCGCCGACCACCAGGAGAGGCCGGCCCUCACCAUCAACCUGGUGGAGACUCCUGAGAUGCCGCCGCCGGUGAAGAAGAAAGCGUUGCCAAAAAUCAGCAAGGUUCUCAGCACCGAGAACUGCUCAGAGAAGAGGCAGCCGCCAGCAUCUUUUUACAAUGGCAACAGCCACAGCAACAGCAUCUACAACGGCAAUGGUAACUGCAACGGCAGUGGCAACUACAACUACAACAGCAGUGGCAACUUCAAAGGCUUUGGCCUCUACAAUGGCAACACCAUCCUCUGUGAGAAAGAGGGCAAUGGUGGCUGGGCGGACCGAGACAGCGGCGUGGAGGAGGGCCGCAUGUGUGACUUUGACUUUGAGCUGGCCAAGGAGAAGAGCAUCUCGCAGGAGUCUCUCAGCCUGAUCACGGGGUCUCUGCUCUCACUUGAACUAGACUUAGGGCCCUCCAUCCUGGACGACAUUCUCAAUAUAAUGGACAAGCCCCAGCCCGGAAUCAAGGCAUAACUUCCAGGGACUACGCGAGAGAGGAAAGGGAAUUACAUGGACUACAAUCAUGGCGGGAAGAGGUGUUUGGCAGGAGCCAGGCAAUGGAAAAUAGUAUGGCAUAUGGACGUGAAAAUGAACUAAAAAAGACUUUUUUUAAUUUCCAGUUUUUAUCCUCAUCCUUAGCUUUUAAUGGAGUGUUGUUUGGAGUUAUUUUUGGCUCUGUCUGUUUUUGGCUUCCUCUUGUGCCACUGAGGAGGGCCUGCAUGAUUACAUUAACACAAGGUGGACACAACACAGCCAUUGUGCCUUUUAUGUUGAGAUCUAAUUAAGUGCAAACAAGUUGUUUUGUGUGCUUAAAACCAAUCCCAACUUUAGACUAAAAAGGUAGAAAGUCCACUGAUUGUGGACACCGUUUAUGCUUUAAUGCACAGAUACAAUAAUAUGAUAUAACACUAUGAUAAUAUUUCUUUUUUGAGAUAUACAUAUGUGUGAUUUUUUCUUCCCAGAGUUUGUCAACAAAUGUUUUCAUGUACAUAUUUAUACUAUUUCAUUAACUACAAAAGUGUUGAGUAUGCUUAUGCUAUUCUGUGGGGCAAAUAAAAUGAAAUAAACUUCAUGUUCAACUUUCACGUUUUCUAAACUA